GAUUUGAAUCCUGCUGCCAAUCAGCGCUUGCAUCAAACCAUACGACUCUUUUGGUCUUUUCUCGUCCAGUGAGGAUGGCUUAGCCCGUUACCAGGGCAGCUGGACGUAGACCAACCGAUGGGUGCGGUGGACGCCAGAAAGGCUUCGAAGCGCACGUCAAUGGGUUCCUGGAAGUUUUCCCCUCUCCACGGUAUCGAGAUAUGGUUCAAGCGUCAGCGUACCACUGUGCUCUCCUUGCAUAACCUACUGAAACCGAGCAUCCAGUUUGCCCACCGUCCUGAUCCUUCUCAAAUCUCCAGGAUUGGGUCACCAUUUUAUCCUCUCUCAUCGCCCAGAAAAGAGCAGAGUGGUAGGAGUCCGCCGAAGAGCACCGAUGGUAACACAUGGAUAUGUUUAGACGCUGCGACACGCAGGCUCAGGGCGCUUUGGGAGGGGAUUUCAACACAAUUAAACCUGGACCAUUACACACGGUGGUAUGGUUUCCAGAAUGACGGCUCAGGUACAUACCAUGCAUUUAGCCGCAUCACCAGGGCUAGACCUGUCGCAGGACGUGCGUACUGUGACACUCCACGUGUGAGCCCCUGACAGCUACUCUGCGCGGUUGGAUAUCAAAUGACUUAUUCCAUUGUUAAGAGCUUCAGAAAAUCCCUGCUGUCACUCUCCUGCCUUAUGAAGCACAGUCAGCAGG